GACCACAUUUCCAGAGCCCUGAUGAUAAGGGAUAACACCCCAAAAUAUGGACUCAUUUUCCACUCCACCUUCAUUGGCCGAGCAGCUGCUAAGAACAAAGGCUGCAUCUCCCAAUACCUGGCAAACAAAUGCAGUAUUGCCUCACGAAUUGAUUGCUUCUCUGAGGUGCCCCUAAGUGUAUUUGGGGAGAAGCUUCGAGAGCAAGUUGAGGAGCGGCUGUCCUUCUAUGAGACCGGAGAGAUUCCACGAAAGAAUCUGGAUGUCAUGAAGGAGGCAAUGGUUCAGGCAGAGGAAGCGGCGGCUGAGAUGGCUAGGAAGCUGGAGAAGCAGGAGAAGAAACGCUUGAAGAAGGAGAAGAAACGGCUGGCCGCCCUGGCCUUCGCAUCUUCAGAAAACAGCAGCAGUACCCCAGAGGAGUGUGAAGAGACAAGUGAAAGACCCAAAAAGAAGAAAAAGCAAAAGGCCCAGGAGACUCCACAGGAGAAUGGAAUGGAAGACCCAUCUGUCCCUGUCUCCAAACCCAAGAAAAAGAAAUCUUUUUCCAAGGAGGAGCUGGUUAGUAGUGAUCUUGAAGAGACAGCUGCCCGUGUAAGUCUUCCCAAGAGGAAGAAAUCUGCCCCCAAAGAGGAACCAAUUACUGAUGCUGAAGAGGCUGCUGGUGGCAAGAGCAGCAGCUCCAAGAAAAAGAAAAAUCUCCAGAAGCUAUCCCAGGAAGAUUAGAAUGGACGUUUACCUGGUGGGGGGCGUAACCCACAUGACCUUUCCCAGCCCAUCACUUAUAUCCCAAUAAAAACAACCUCACA